GUGCAGACUUCACUUCCCCUCUGGCGUGUUUUCAUCAACAAACUUCAUGUUUGCGUGCAGACAAAGACUUCGCUACGCUGACGAGCUGCCAGCUUUGUUGACUUGAUCUUGAUGACUUUAGUCGCACCAAGAGCAGAAUAUUAGUGUCACACGUCGUACACAGUCAGCGGAAGUCUUUGUUGUGCAGACGUCAGCGGCUGCUCGUCGUCGUCGUCGUCCUUUACUCAGCAACAUUGAUUAGUCAUCGUGUCGACACAAGCGGCAGGCAGCGAUGGUGAAGCUGACCAAAGCCAAGACCUUCCAGGCAUACCUGGACUCCUGCCAUCGGCGCUACAGUUGUGUGCACUGCCGCGCCCACCUGGCCAACCAUGAUGACCUCAUCUCCAAGUCUUUCCAAGGAAGUCAAGGCCGGGCGUACCUCUUCAACUCUGUGGUGAACAUCGGCUGUGGUCCUGCAGAGGAGAGACUGCUGCUCACAGGUCUUCAUGCAGUGUCUGAUAUCUACUGUGAGAACUGUCACACCACCCUGGGAUGGAAAUAUGAACAAGCCUUUGAGUUGAGUCAGAAGUACAAGGAAGGGAAGUUCAUCAUUGAGUUGUCCCACAUGAUCAAAGACAAUGGCUGGGACUGAGAGGACGCUUCACUCGCCUCGCCGUAACCUUGGUCCUGGUCCUGGUCCUGGUUCUGGUCCUGGUCCUGGUCCUGGUCCUGGUCCUGGUCCCAGCAGGGUUCCAGUCUUGCUUCCUCAUCCUGCAUUCCAGCCGUGCCCCACCUUCCUUCUCUCUCCAGGGAACACUCUCUUGCAGCAGCACAUUUCCUCAGCAGGUAUCACACACCUUCACAUGACAAUUACAUUUACACCACAUGACAUUGACAAUGAGCUAUGACACACCUUCACAUGACUUUUACACCACAUGACAUUUACAAUGAGCUAUGACAUACCUUCCUUCUCUUGGCCAGCACACACCUUUUACACAAGUCCCAUGCCUCCAGGGUUAAUGACAUUUACACAAGUCACACACCUACUGGGUUAGGACACAUGUGACCCUUUUAAAGCAGAACUCCAUCGGAGUGUUUGCGGGGAAUAUGUAUUUGAUGAUUGUGUUUGCAGUGUGAGGUCAGCACAUUCCCACUUUCAAUUACAUGUCCACCACAUGACUGUGUGUGUCUCUGUGUGCGUGUGUGUGUGUGUGUGUGUGUGUGUCUCUGUGUGUGUGUGUGUGUGUGUGUGUGUGUGUGUGUGUGUGUGUGUGUCUCUCUGUGUGUGUGUGUGUGUGUGUGUGUGUCUCUGUGUGUGUGUGUGUGUGUGUGUGUGUGCCCUCACAGCCACAUGUACUAAAGGAGCAAAGUGUCAAUCAUGUAGCAUAUUUAUGAUUAUUGUCUGCUUCUUGUCAUUAAAGUCUAUUUUACUUUCA